UAUGCAGUAACCAACUGUCAAAUAAAAGUAUUUUUAUGUUAAAAUAAUCUUUUUAGUGAGUUGUAUCUGAGACUCCGCCCACAUGUUCUUGUCACAGUCGCCAUGAAGCGUUUCUGUAACGAUGGUGCCUUCAUGAUCCUCGGAAAAUUGAUUUAGUGGACCGAGCUUCAUAGAGCCGCUCACAGACCAUUAACAGUUAAAUUUAGGCGCUGGUUUUGUGCACAAAAACCAUCACACAGAAAUCAAUUAUCCAUUAAAUACAAGUCGAUCUACGGAGAAGAACAUUUGAGCACAAUUUACGUGUGUAAGCGUGAAUGGUCAGACCAUUUCAACUAUGACAUAGGAGUUUACGAGGAAUUACGAAGGCACCAGAAGGGGCGGGAACUUUGCGUAAGUGUCCACCAUUCCUCACGUCGGGGCAUCGUGGAUGGGAGGAACGUACUCAAACUUGUUAUCAGCAUCGUGUUGGUUAUAUUGUCCCGAGCAAGCGGCACGAUGGCCGGUAGCUGGUGGAGCAGCGCGGCGGUGACCCACGGGCUGGUGGCUCUGUUCGCGACGGGCUCCUGGAUAUCCGUCAACAGCCUGUGGGUAGAGAUCCCGGUGAUAGUCAAUGUGCUGCCCGAAGGGUGGAAACUGCCGGCCUACAUCACCUUGCUGAUAGCGUUUGGGAACGUGGGCCCGAUCGCCGUGACCAUCACACACCACUGUGCUCCGGGACGUUUAAACGAGCGCCUGGUCAUCCACUGCAUCCAGGCGCUGGCGGUCGUGGCGUCCGCCCUUCUCGCCGUCUUCUGGUCACACACUGUCACAGUAGCCGGAGGCGAUAGGUCACUGCCGUUCCUGCUCCUCACCUUUGUGUUGUCUUUGGUCUGCUGCACCUCCAACGUCACCUUCCUGCCCUUCAUGUUCAGUUACCCCCCCCAGUAUAUUCGCACUUUCUUCAUCGGUCAGGGCCUCAGCGCCUUGUUCCCUUGCAUCGUGGCUUUAGGGCAAGGCGUUGGCAAGCUGGAGUGCAAAACCGUGAAUGGCACGGUUAAGGCGGAGCGUUUGAAGGAAAACUUUCCGGCUCAAAACUUCUUCUGGUUCUUGUGCGUCAUGCUGUCGAUCUCGGCCGUGAGCUUCCAGGCGUUGAUGCAGAGACGGACAAAGACGCAGGAAAAUGCACCGCAACAGGAGGUCGCAGAUCCAGCGGCGGAGGCAAAAAAUGGGGAGGAAACCCACCCGCUGCACAAUGGGGGGACGCCGGUGUCCGAGGAUCAGGUGCAGGUGGAGGAACGGCCGCAGACCUUUUGGACACGGCGGAACGUGUACCUGCUGUCGCUGCUCGCCGUCUCCAACGCCCUUACCAACGGGGUCCUGCCGUCCGUGCAGAGUUUCUCCUGCUUGCCCUACGGACUCAUGACCUAUCACCUCGCCGUGGUCCUCGGCAACAUUGCCAAUCCUCUGGGCUGCUUCCUAGCUAUGUUUGUUGUCCUGAGGUCGUCUUCUGGUCUGGGCCUCUUGUCUGUAGCAGGAGGUGUAUUUGCUGCAUAUCUCUUGGCGUUGGCUGCACUCAGCCCCUGCCCUCCACUUCUGGGAACCUCUGUCGGCAUGGCCUUAGUGGUCAUCUCGGGAAUUGCUUUCACCGGACUCUACUCCUAUCUGAAGGUGGUGAUUGGGACUCUGCUGCACGAGGCGGGUCACGCCGCCCUGCUGUGGUGCGGCAUCUCUAUCCAGGCCGGCUCGCUAAUCGGGGCCCUCACCAUGUUCCCCUUGGUCAACGUCUAUUCUGUGUUCCAGAGUUCUCACGAUUGUGUGAAUAACUGCACCAGCGGGAGUUAGACAUGUAAUGUUAUUCUGGAUUAUGUUUUAACUUUUUUUUUAUAUUGACACGGUUCCUAUUCAGUCAAAAUGGGAAGAGACUUCAACCCAGUUUUUGGGUCGCCGCAGUGAAGAAGCAGGUCUGUUCUGCCCUCAUUCAGAGCCCUGUGGAAACAUUCCUGGAUAAUGGAAGCAUUGUUUGGCUGCACAUUGGCCGAGGGGAUGUAAAAUGCAUAUGACGUAGUAAUACCACAAGUGCUUUGUGCGGUAUUUUGGAAAAAAAGACCACAAGAACAUAUAAACUCAGGGACUCGAUCAUUGUUGCUCAUUUGAAUUAAUAAUUACUCGCAGUAUAAGUUGCAAACUCAUGACCGGCCUUUCACAGUAACUGAUUUAUAUUAACGACAAAUUCUGUCUUAGAAAUAAAUGCGAUUUAAUGAAAUUAAAGUAUGUUAUUUUAAGUCAACUUAAUGUCAAAGCAUAACAAUAGUACACCUUUUUUUUUUUUUUUUUUAAGUGAAAUUUAGACGACAAAUAUAAAGUGGAUCUACACAAAGGUACAAUGUCUGCAAAGCCGACGUUUUGUAACGGGAGGGAAAACCUGCUUAUGAGUGAUACAGAUUUCCUAGAGUGAGUUUUUGUUGUCUACGUCUUUACCUCGAUUCAACUUAAAGCAUAUUACACUAUUUUUUUCGUUUUACAGUCAAGUAUACAAUUCAGUCAGCAAAUAUCAAAAGGGUAAAAUUGCUACUUAAACCAUACAGUUCAUCGAUGAAGUGACCCAAAUUAUUUCUGUGCUUGAAAAAUGUUGAACUUUACAAAACAUGACGCUUCAGUUUACUUCAGAAUUGUACAUACUUUGAAAAAGUAGUUUAUUUUCUAGUCAUUUUGCAUUUAUAUUUAUUCCAAAUACAGUAAUGUUAUUUCAUCUGGAAGCACAGCCGACCUGGCACGGUAAUGGUUAACAGUUUUGGAAUCCAAAGGGAUCGUGCCAUCUCAGUCUUUGAAAUAAUAAAGUAUAUCUCAUGUACUUGUACCUUAUACGGUUGCCUGCGUUCAAUGUCUACUGGCCAUUUUGUGUGGAGUUCAUUUUUUUUUAUUGACUGUCAUAUUGCUGAAGUGUAUUAUGAAGUCUCUGAAACGACUGGUACACAAUAAAGCUGCUGAUCGGAAGGAU